AUGGCCGAAAUUGCAGCCCGUCACAAGGCUCUCAAACUCUGCCCUUGGGCGUCCCAAGAUCAGGACGACCCAGCUUCAUGGUUGAAGAUUGCCAGAAACUUGAAAAGAAUCGCAAGAGUGUCUGCUAAAGCAUCCAAGGUGGCAGGUGACGACAUCAAAUUCGACUUUCGAGAGCACGAGAUUGGCGAGAUCCCCGGUCUUCUAGACGAGCUGGAACUACUAGCCUUAUCAGAUGAUCUUGACAGUGUGAAUGGUGACACCAACACAGAAGACCUUGACGGUGAAGCUGUCACCGAAGAUGUCAACGACAAAAUCAACGGUGAUACACCUGUCACCACCACCAACGGCACUACCAACCCCCAUGUUGACCCAAAUAUGUUCUACACCAGUGUCACCCUGGCCCCCCGAAGCCAUACAAACCAGCUGGUAGACACUGAAUCAAAACCCUUCUAUCACUCCAGCACCUUUUCUCUUCCAACCCGACCGUCGCCCCAGGGCUCCAAUAGCAGCCUGAUUCUGACCACUGUAUCGCGCCCCGAAGUGCGACUCGACUGUGCCUCCCAGACAGUCUACAGUGCGCGACACGCAAAGACAGAAAAAAGCACGUCCAUGCAAAACUUCACGGCCCUCAACAACACUGUAAAUAGCCGGGGCCAAACCAUAUUCACCGAAAAGCGAGACGGAAAGUACUACCUGUGGGCCACACAUCACUCCACUCGAGCUAACGACCCCGACAAGUACUGGUUUUACGUGGUGCGAGCAUCUUUUGUCAGUCCCGAUGGUGAGCUGACAGCCGUAAUCUUUGCAGAGCUCACCCCAAAGACUGGCUGGGUCUACGAUCCCGAUAUGCACUACAGAGGCCAUUUUUACCUGGUCAAAGUGAAGCCCAUGAGUGCAAAACAAGCCUUUGACUCAGAAACCCAAGCAAACCCUCCCCGUGCGCAUGCCAUGAUCUUCGUCAACAAGAUACAAGAUCAUCUUCCUAGUCUCGAGAUCCACAGUAACCAACAGUUCAUCAGUUACAAGGACCGUGGUCUCAACUAUCACCUCCAUUGGGUCGACUGGGACAACCAGAAGCUGUGGCAGCUCUGUCAUAUUAAACCGUUCCAGAGUCCUCCAUGGAACGCUUCCCAGACCCGACCCAUCCCCAUUCUCUUCAAUGGCGGCAUGUAUCUGAUUGAGAGCUCGCAGAUUGUCAAAUGUUACUUCAUCUACGAAGGAGUCAUUCCUCGAUUGGUCAGUAUGCGACGGUGGACUUACGAUCAGCCACUGGCAUCCAAGGCCAUUCUCUGGGCCGACCACCUGGACGCCAAACACGUGGUUCUCCAUCAUUCGGAGGGAUACCACAUCUACGAUCUCGAGAAGCAGCAGCAUUACGAGUCCAGUAUAAGCAAAGAUCGGGCGUCGCUGUGGAGUCUCCUGGACGGAAAGGUCCUCCAGUUUGGCUACACCCAGACUCUUCUGGACAAGGUGGAGGCCUCAGUUGCCAAAAAAAAGUUGCAGGCAGGAGAAAAAGUUGAAUUUUAG